CUCGGCUUGGUCCGCCUCUCUGUCCUCCCGACGACACUCGGCACUUUUCGCCCUAGCGGAGGAGGAGAAAAGGCAAGGCAGAGUGCCCCGAGUGCUCGCUGUGACACGGGAGGAGAAAGUAGUCCGCGGCGGCCGUGCGGGGUCAGGGGAGCUGUGGAGCGUCCAGCAGCUGGUCUAGCCGCCGUGUUUGGCACACAGCUGAGCGGGCUGAGAGUCCUGAACGUCGGGGCCGAGGGAAACGUCACGGACACAGCUCGGCUUCAGCCUCCGGGAACCUGUUAGACCUGACAGCGCAGUGUUCCGGCCAGUGUUGUGCUCACCAAGAUGUCUUCAAAGGCUCAGGGCUCCAAUAACCUGAACCAGGCCCGGCAGGCCGUACAGCAGCUGAGACUAGAGGCGAAAAAACCCAGGAUUAAGGUCUCCGUAGCCUCUCAAGACCUCGUGAAUUUCUGCAACCAGCAUUACAAAUCCGACCCCCUGCUGGUCGGCAUCCCUGCGUCAGAGAACCCUUUCAAGGAAAAAAAGUCCUGCACUAUAUUGUAGUGGACGCCCUCUUCUAGCCUGGUUCUAUUUUUCUUCUGCUUCUCAAUGUUGCUGUGUUCUUCAUGUUGGGAGGAGCGAGAGAUGAACUGCGAUCAUAUCAUUACACCUUUUAACAGUUCAUUCAAGGUCAUCCAGAAUGAUGUGCGGCUGUCCCAUUAAUGAGAUCUUUACCAAAACUACUGACCUGCCACUGUUCAGUGUGAGCUUCAGGCACUUCAGAAAUGUUUGGCUGCGGGGUUCUGAUUAUAUCACAUGUUCUUUACCAAGUGUCAAGCUUAUUUCCUAAUUCUUCUAACAGUAAAGGCAGCAUUCCGUGACAGGGUUGCUCUUUCAGUUUUUAUACGGUUAUCUCCAGUGGGUAUUGACUGUUAUUUGCCGCUAGUUUGCCUUAAACUACCAACCAAAGUUCCCUACCUGUCCUUUUAUACCAACUUCAGAUGAUUGAGAAUCACUGCAGACAUUUUACACACAGGCGAUUUAUGCCACUAAAUUCUUGGGAUCACAGUUUCCAAAUGUUGCCAUGAUGUGGGUUUUUUUUUUCUGCUGAGAGAGAAGCAGGUAGUAUUAAAUCAAAGUCAAUGAGCACAGAAGUAUUUUACAGCCUGCUACAGCUCCAACUGGCCAAUGAUAAUCCACAUUCCAUUUAUUGCCAAUUAGCCUUUUAGUUGCAGUUUGAUACAUUCCAGAGUUGUCUUCAAAAUGAUAUUAAAACAACCAUGAUGCAGAGAUAUCCUCCAUGUUGAAUAUGGUUGGAAUCCAUUCAUCUUACCAAGCUUUUUGGGGAAGUCUCCUGCAUAUUUUAAAAUAUGAAUUUAGCUCAGAUUUUUUUUCCCUUUUUUUUAACUCUGCAUUGAUCAAAUUACUUUUUAAACUUUUUAAUGUAGAUUUCCUUUUACUGUUAGUUUACACUGGAUGCAGAUUCGAACACUGUGUAAUGAAAACCAUGGGACCAAGCCAAACCUGUGCAGCUGCUUUUAUAACCAUUUCUUGAAGUAGAGAUGCACCGAUCAGAUGUUUGUGGCCAAUUAAAAAGCUUUGAUUUGAUGGUACCAUUUUAAACAUUAGUCCAAUUCUUUUACACACAUUUAUUACUGCACAACUGCUGUUAUCAGCAUGUUUCAUUUGUACUUAAAAGCAUAAGAUGAUAAAAGCACACUGUUAGUAGCUUGUUGGGCUAACUAUGUUAGUCUUGAGUUUAAUGGAACACAGUCUAGCUAGCUACUAGCUCUUGUUCCUGGUUCCCUGUCGUCCACUUGGGUUUAUACUGGUAGUUCUCUAAAAUCUAUCCAGUACACUCCUCUUUUGAGAAUGAGGGCAGUGUGUUUGAACAAGCCAGCUUAUUUGCUGUUAUCACAGUACGCUAGUUUCAUAAAUACAUUCAUAGUUGAUGCAGCAUUUCUUCCAAGUAUCACCCUUAGUGUUUGAACCACAAUUUGAGAAUCAUAGCCCCAGAGAAAAGCCUCAACUUUGGAAUUUCCAAAAGACUGCCAAUAUUUUAAAAUCCAGCAUGUUCCAUGGCAGACAGAGGUUGAAAGCAGAAAAGGAUAAAAAAAAAAAAGCAACUUUCCCAUAAUUCCUCCUCUUGGCGUGUCAUAGAACGUUCUGUUUUAAAUAGCUACUUGCAUCUCUAUGCUGCCUCUGUCUUUAUUUUUUACUUAUUAAAGCAAAAAUUAGCUUCUUCCCUCAGUAACAACUUCCAUACUAAAGACCAUGGUAACCUUUAGGCACUUAGGCCCAUCUGUUGGUGCAUCUCUCGUUAUGAGCAUUCACAAUCCAGAAACCAUCUGUGGUGAACUUUUUUUUUUUUUUAUCUAUGGCUACACAAAACAUGGCAAAUGUUGCAGAUCACUGUGAGCUUCGCCUGUUGACUCGUAACAAAAGUCUUAAUCAAGUAAACGUGCACAUCAGGGCUUUUAAAUGUUGUUGGUACAUGUGACAAAACCACUCUCCCAGGACUACUUUUACAUUUGCUUUACCUGUUUUAUUACUGGUGGAGGUUGGGUGAGGGAGGGGGGGGGGGGGUGGUUGAAUCAACACAUCCUGCAUAUUGUGAUUUAAAAAAACAAACAAAAAAAAAAACAUUUCCCUUGGGUUUCAUAUCUGUUAGGGUAAAUUUAGAUAGUGGGAAUAAAAACAGCCUUACUCAUGUUUGCCUCAUAAAAAAUAUUUAACCUGUUGUAUUUCUUUAAAGAAUCAUGUUCUUUUUUUAAUUUGUGGAAGGAUUGAUUUGGUAUUCUUAGCGUUGCCAUAAGGACACCUGCAGCUGAUCCAGUGUUCUUACUCUUCUCUACAUCAGUAUGAUUGUCUGUUUUUUGCAGUCUGUUUUCUUACUUGCAAUGAAUUAGCUCUGUAUGUCUCUGCCAUUUGAUUGUUGAGCAGCAAAGAUUAGGAAUUUAUCUGCCACAUGUUGCCACAUCUGCAUUCGCAGUGAUUCUGUAACUCUUGUUGUUCCAUUGAGAUUAAUCGAACUGUCAGAAUCAGCUUUUUCUGUUGGUUAAAUGUGUUUAAUAAUUUACCAACCUUUGUAUGAAACUUCAUGGGGAUUAAUAAAUUGAAACAUUCCUACAGUA